CAGAAAGGUCUCAGACUUUAUCUCGCAGGGUUAUCAGUGACUCCUGCGUCUGCUUGGGGAGCUUUGUGUGUCCCUUGUCUCUUUAUAAGCAGGCAUGGAGACCGGCAAAAAGCACAGAACUUCGCCAUCCAACAGGCAUCUGCUUCCCAAAGCAAAGGUAGACCAUCAGGAAACCAGUGUGUGAGUAUCUGCUGUCAGCAUGAUGUGGAAGACCUCGGCUCUCGUAGUGUGUCUGCUGCUGGCUGGAGUAAAGGCGCUGGACGCCGGGCCCUCGUAUGGAGUCAAAUUAUGCGGCAGGGAGUUCAUCCGUGCUGUCAUCUUCACCUGCGGAGGAUCCCGAUGGAAACGCUCUUUAACAAACACAGAUGAAAUCCUGGACUUGUUCAACUCAUAUGACAGUAAUGCCGCAGACGGCUCUGUCCUGUUUGGCUCAGCAUCCUCCUCUUCCCAGCACGCCACUGACUCAAAUCUCCCAUCAAUAGGACAAGGUGAACAGGACGGCGGCGUGUUCAGCAGGCCUGCUCGCUCUCUCAUUUCAGAGGAGGUGCUUGAGGCACUGCGGAGCGUGGAUAGAAAGGGACGGGAUGUGGUGGUGGGACUGUCCAACGCCUGCUGCAAAUGGGGCUGCAGUAAAGGAGAAAUCAGCUCCCUGUGCUGAGACCAACCUUCUCUAUGGCAUGAGUGAAUAAAUGAGUGUGCGUGUCUUUACUUCUUCCUGCAUUGAAUUGUAAAUCUCAUUGAGUUCUGAUGUUGCAUUUAACUUCAGAUGUUAUUUUAUAAUGCUUGGUGUUUUAUUGUAUUCAUUUUUUUGUGUUCAAUUCAGUGUGUGAAUCCUCCUAGAGUACAUUUCAUUCUUGAA